UGUAAAAAAAUUUGCUCUAAAAUGUCAAAAUCAUUUAAUUUGUACUAUGGCUGCCGCAUUAUUGUGCCUCCAAGUGUUGACAGUCAGGCGAUUCGUACAGCUGCCAGGCAGACCAUCAGCAGAUUAGCUGGUUCAGCAGGCAGCUAAAAAGGCUCGCGCUGGAGGAUGGUAAAUGCAGGCAGAAAGUUGUUUCGUGAUGGGGAAAGUGAAAUUCGUUAAUGCCGGCAACAAAAUGCGUAUGCUCAGAACGCGACCUGCUCGCAAUGCUUGCCUACUUACCCUACUUGCCAUCAGUAUAUUAGCGCCACUGCCACGCGCGCUCAGUAUAGAACAGAAGCAAAAUAUUCCUGCAUAUUAUCUGGUGCCACCACCCUUACCCACGCCACAGCAUCUCAAACAUCAAAAUGCGCCCGCGCACCAAGCAAUCGAAACAGUGGCGGCGCCUAGUCAUACCUCCAAUAAUGCCGUUGAACCACCCGGUUUUAUGUCACGCAUUGCACGUUGGUUUGGCUUCGGAGCGGCCGAAAAAAACCAGCUCGCAAAUGGCUUCUCUUCUGACGGUAAACAGACAUACAGUUACCCGCAACCCCUAGGACCGGAUGGCAAACCAUGUAAUCUGUGCAAUAAAUACCCUUGGGUGCCUAUGUUCCCGCUGGGACAGCAAUAUCAAGCAGCAGUGGGUGCUAAUGAUCAUCAUGCAGAAAAAAACCCACAACAGCACUUCGAAGUGCAAGCUUCACAGAAAUACCCGCAACAGCAAGUGUUGCCAUUCGGAUCAGGUAAUCAACUGCCGUCGCUCAAGCAACGCGCCGUGCAGUUCAAAUUCCCCGCAGCAUAUCAACCACUGCCCGGGGCCUACAAAGUCCCAGUGGCAAAUGUCCCGUCGGCACCACCAUUUCUGCCAAUAUCCGUGCCAAAUCUGAAUCUGAUCGCUGCGCCACCCAUUUACAAUGCACAACCGUUUAGAUUGCCUUACUUGACGCCAGCGGCUUCCACAACAACAACAACCACUACUGAAUCAGCCCUGAGCAGUGAGCAACAAUUGCCCUCGACGGAGCCAGCACACUUCGCAGAAAAUAUUGGCGCACCUUCAGAACUGCAACCGGAUAGUGUUAGACCGGAACAAACGUAUACCCCGCCGGCACGAGAUCGUGAUCCCAGCUUUGAAAUAGUGAAAAGCCAUCAAAUAACGGAUUUCGUCUCCUCAGUUGAAUAUCCGAUAAGUUACGAACAAUCGCCUUCUAUUGAUUUGGGUCAGCAGCCCGCACCUGUUAGUCAGCAAUCGGCCAAGGAAAGUGUAGCCACCGUUCCAUAUAAACAUCAAACUUUAAGUCCCAAUUUGCAUAAACAUCUGCCUGCUUCACAGUUAGUUACCGAAUUGGGAAGUUUUGCUGAAACACAGAAGACGCAACAGGCACAGCAAACGCAGUCUUAUCAGAACACGCAACCACAAGGACAAGAACAAUCUCAGCCACAGUCUCAACAACAGUCGCAAGUAUAUCAAGAGCCCGCUUCAUUAUAUCAGCCAACAUCAAAGCAACAGAUACCAUCUUCGCCCCACCAGCAACCCCAGCAGGAGUUCUCACAGUUUUCGUAUACCCGCGAGCCUUCCACAACAUUCUACACAACGCCAUAUGUGCCUCAAACGCAAUAUGAACAGCAUACUUAUCAACCUCAGCGAUUGCCAUAUGAGCCCCAAGGCGAAGAUAACUUCCCAUCCGCUUCAUCACACAACCUGACCAAAGUGCAACAUCAGCAACAAAAUCAAGACUACACACCUUGGUUGCCAUUAACACAAACAUUCCCUUAUACGACCACUGAGCUACCACGGGAAUUUGAGCUGUCCACUCAGCUGUCUCAGUUUGGGGAGGUAAACUAUAUAACUGAGCGUGCGCAAGAGACUACACAAGUACAGUUUCUGCCUUCCACACAAACGCAGAUAUCACAACGGCCACAAGAGGUGAAGCAAGAUAAUCGUGAAACCCCAAAGCGCUUGCUAGAUUCUCCCAUACGCCAUGUACAUGGGUUACAAAAUCAACCGCGACCUUUUACACGCGACCCCAGCGAAUUGAAUCUGCGACUACCGCCCGCACCGUCUUUCAUACCUGAGCGUCAUUCCAAUCACAAGCACAAUUUCGUGGAUGCGUCCUUUUCUACCGCGCCUUGGCUAGUGACGCCACUGCCACCUUUGCCCGCAUAUACAGGUGCGCCGGCUGCACCUACACCUACCUCCACUUACAGUGCCAUUGACGCGAGCGGCCAAUACGCUGGCAUGUCACCACCUACACCUCCACCACACGCGCGUCACAAAGGCGUACACCAAAUUAUCAUUCCCUAUACAACGAAAAAUAAGCCAAGACCAUUCGAGCCGACACGCACGUUUUCAACAACUAACCAGAACACGCAGCUCAAUACCGCUUUCCAGAAGUGGUCAGCACAACAGAACAGCGUUGAUAUACACGAACAACAAGAGUCGAAAGUAGUGAGUGCCCAACUAGCCACUGAGACACCACCACCCGAACCACCUCGACGUACUACUAAAUAUAUUACUAAAAUACUCGCGUCCAAUUUGCGCGAUCUUCUGAGUCGCGAACAUGAAAUCGCACACCAAAAAUCGAACUCUUCCAGCUUCGACCUCUCCAAGCUGCAGAAGAAUAUCGACGACUGGACAGAGCAAGAAUACACUUCGCUCUCACACCGUCCCAGCACACCGACAAUACGAGGCCGUUCGAAGCACAUACCAACAGAAUAUCUUACAACAACAACUCCUUCACCACGUUGGCCUAAGACCACAAUCAGCUUCUUUGAAGAAUCUUCGGUAUUACCUGCAUCAGUUAACGAUUUGCAAGCGUUGCUCUUGGAACGCGGGUCGAAACGUUUUGAGUUAAAUCAAAUCGAUGAUGAAGUUGAUAAUCGUUUAUUGGACACGCUGGAAAGCGAAACAGCGACAGUAGCAUCAAUGACAACGAGACGCACAUCUACACAGCAUCCGCCGAAUAGUAACGGUCACGCAGCACCAAAUUUCAUGCACUUCGGUUCCGAUCCACAUGAGCCAGAGCCGGCAGAACUUUGGCGCAAAGCCAAAGUGUCCAUUUCACCACAAACACACGAGAAGGUGUAUGUAGUGACGCCACAACCAGUGUUCUUUCCACAACGUGCGCUAACUACGUCCACCACAACCACCGAAACGCCGCUUGGUAUUAGAAAAUCGCCGCGUUUUGUAGUGAGGCCAACACCUGGUAAUGGCACCAACUCAUCAACAGCGGCGUCCAGCCUUUACAGCCCCGAGCUCUUCGGUCUCAUGGGCCUCUCAGCAUAUGUGCCCUCCAAGCCCGUGGAGAUUAUAGAUGGCAAUUCAAAAGUCUUCAAUAUCAUAACGUCGGCGCCAACAAAUCGUCCCAGUGGAACGACUUCCAGCCCCAUGGAGUUCGUGAAGAAAGGAAGGCGACUGAGGUCAACAAUGUCGCCCUCGCCAAGAUAAAUAUGCACGUCUGUGUGUGUAGUGGUCAAAGUCGCUGCUGCGCUGUGGAAGAUAUCCGUCUGAAACUUACCCCCUGCAGAGAAUCAAGGAACGAUCGCGUGGAGUAGCAUAACUUUUGUAAUAUAAUUUUUCAGCCCAUUUUUGUGUAUACGCGUAUGUCAAUUCGAGGCGCCUGUAGCGUUUAGAAAUUAUUUAUAGAUUUAGGUUAUGCUGUAAAUUGUUGCAAGUAACUGUAGUAAAAUGUCGUGAAAAUGUUUG